AACGUCAUGGUACCGAAGAAGAAAAAGAAGUCAUCCUCAUGUGUAGUUUUUGCAGAUAAUCUUCUUUAUUAGCUAUAGCUUUACAAACAUAGCUUGAGUAUCAGAAGCUUGAGACAGGCUUUUGAUUUCCGCUGAUCACCUAUGUGGCAAUUACCGUCAGAUUCAGAGAUGAUGCCUGGUCUUAAGCAAAACACGUUUUGAGCGCAUAACUAAAUUAAGCAAACAUUGUCACCAUGGAUGAUGCAAGACACAGACAAAUAAAAGUGUUGGAUUGGAAGUUGGACUCCUCUGAACCACACCGUAUCCAGGUGAAGACACAGAUAAUAAGUGUUGAAUUGGAAGUGGAACUACUCUGCUCCACACCUUAUCCAGUGGGAGUCACGACAUGCGCUUUGUCUCAGAAUUUCAAACACAGGCACCGAGAUAUGAAGAUGACAAGGGCGAUGCAAUGGCAGUAAUGGAAAAUCACUUCUGAACUCUUGUGGGGGGCAACUUUUCCUGCUUGUCAAGUUGAGUAUCUUUUCCAGAAGGAUGUCUGGACCUGAAGGAGAGUGUGUCUGAAGUCUGUUCAAGGCUCUUGGGAUCUCCUUACGGAUGGGUGUGGACACCCUUACGGAUGAGCCCCUCCAUCCCAUUCAGCAAUAGUAGCCGUAUCCUGAUUCCUGGCACCAAGAUGGAUGCUUUGGCACAAAUGCACUUCGCCACUAUCGACUAUGUUAUAUUUGCCCUUUUGUUGGCGUCGUCCAUGGGCAUAGGGCUGUACUAUGCCCUGUCAGGGGGUCGGCAGCGCACCACUCAGGAGUUCCUGCUGGCGGACCGGAGCAUGAGCUGCCUCCCUGUGUCUCUGUCACUAAUCGCUACAUUUCAAUCAGCGGUGGCAAUAGUGGGCGUGCCAGCGGAGAUCUAUACCCAUGGCACUCAGUACUGGUUCAUAGGCUGUGCUUACAUCCUGGGGCUAUUCAUUCCAGCACACAUUUUCAUUCCUGUGUUCUACAAGCUGCAUCUUACCAGCGCUUACCAGUAUCUGGAACUGCGGUUCAACAAACCAGUGCGUAUAUGUGGAACAGUUACCUUCAUCUUUCAGACGGUCAUAUAUAUGGCUGUUUGUGUGUACACUCCAGCCCUAGCACUCAAUGCAGUUACUGGCUUUGAUUUAUGGGGAGCAGUGCUGGCCACUGGACUGGUGUGUACACUGUAUACAACUCUGGGAGGCCUGAAGGCAGUGAUCUGGACAGAUGUCUUCCAGACCAUAGUGAUGUUUGCUGGUCAACUAGCGGUCAUCGUGGUGGGGGUCCAGCAGACUGGGGGGGUGGCAGAGGUCUGGAGGAAGGUCUCAGAGGGGAACCGCAUCUCCGGCAUAGACCUGAACCCUGAUCCUACGGUGGAGUACACGUUCUGGACCCUGGGGGUGGGGGGAGUCUUCUUGAUGUUGUCUCUGUAUGGGGUCAACCAGGCCCAGGUCCAGAGAUACCUCAGCGCCAAGACCGAGAGGGACGCCAUCAUGUCUUGCUACAUGGUGUUUCCCUCUCUACAGUUAGCUCUAGCUCUGAGCUGUGUCAUGGGGCUUGUCAUGUUUGCACGCUACUGUGGGGAGGACCAUUUCCACAAUCUAGGUGUCUUAUCAAAAAAUGAGAUGGUGUUGUACUUUGUGAUGGACAUGCUGCAGGGUCUACCUGGCCUGUCUGGACUGUUUAUCUCCUGCCUGUUUAGUGCAGCUCUCAGCACCAUCUCAUCAGCCUUUAACUCUCUGGCUACAGUGACCAUGGAGGAUCUGAUCAAACCACACUGCCCCUCCAUGACAGAGGCCAGGGCCACCCUGCUCUCCAAGGGACUGGCAUGUUCAUAUGGACUGCUGUGUCUGGCCAUGGCCUAUCUCACCCACUUGAUGAGUGAUUCCGUUUUGCAGACUGCUUUCAAAAUAUUUGGAAUGGUUGGUGGUCCUCUUCUGGGUGUCUUCUCUCUUGGGUUGUUCUUUCCUUGGGCGAACUCUACCGGUGCCCUGGUAGGGUUGGGGUCAGGCCUGGCGAUGGCCUUCUGGGUGGGCAUCGGGAGCAUCGUAACCAGUACCUCUGGGGGUCUUGCUGCUGUGUCUCAGUUCAACUGUACUGCUGUACAACUCUCAGGGAACAUCACCACAGCCAUGGGGACAGCACUCAUCAGUACUGCAAUGCCCACCGUUACACACAGCCGACCAAUGGGUCUGCAGAGGUUCUACUCCUUGUCCUUCAUGUGGUACAGUGCUCUCAACUCCUUCACUGUGGUGAUCACAGGGUUGGUUGUUAGCUUUCUCACAGGACCAAUGAAAGCGGAGGAGGUGACCCCAGGCACUCUGUAUCCCCUGUUGGGCAACAUGCUGUUCUUCGUACCAGAUAAACUCAAACAGAAGCUGUGCUGCGUCACCCCACUGGGGCAUGGGCCAACCAUCCAGGAAUGUCCACCUGCUCAACACGAGAGAAAUGGUCAGGCCAUCUACACAGAGGAGGGCUUGUUAGAAGAGGAGAGGCAAAGCUUUCUUCUAACCUCCCACACACCUGUUGUGGAACAUGAGACCGCUCUGUGAUGGACAGACUCUUCCACAACCACGUUAUAUCACAGUCCUCUUGGCAGUGAAAUGGGCCACACACUGUAUCAUGUCAGUGUUUUUCACAGAGGUUCUGUUCUGAGGAGAUGAUGCUCUGAGAGAAGUGUUGUUGGGAGGUAUUGUGCUCUACUAUGGCUGACCCUGUAAAACAACACAUUUCACUGCACCUAUCCGGUGUAUGAACAUAUGUCUCUGUAAUCCAAGUGACUGUGGAUUAAAAAUGCACUGAUACUGUACAUGUCUAGCGUGCAUGACGCCUGAACAAGACCAAAGAAACCUACAGUGUUACUGACAUCAACGAUAAACCCAAGACUAUGUUAAUGUAUACUUCCGGAGACGAUCAGAUUUGAAAGGACCAUUUGUUUUGCUUCAAGGUAUAAAACGAUGUCACGAUCGUCGUAUUGAGGAGACCAAAGCGCAGCGUGGUGUGAAUACAUACUUUUAAUGAAUGACGAAAAAACACGAAGUACACUAAACAAACAAAAUAA